AUGCAAACCUAGAGUGUGAUGACGCUCCAAGACCACUUUUCCCAUGGUAAAUUCAUGUCUGGAACGCUGCAGAGCAGUCGAGGAGGAUGUAAGUGGAAGAACUCCAGAGGCAGAGCAGAUCCUAUGAAGAUGGGAGGUGUCGCUGCGUCCCUGGAAGUGUCAGAGAGCCCUGGGAGUGUCCAGGUGGCCCGAGGUCGGACAGCAGCACUGCAGUGCUCUUUCUCGACCAGUGCUGCCCUCAUUAACCUCAAUGUCAUUUGGAUGGUCAUUCCUCUCUCUAACGCAAACCAGCCCGAACAGGUCAUUCUCUAUCAGGGCGGACAGGUGUUUGAUGGCGCCCCCCGGUUCCAUGGUAGGGUAGGAUUCGCAGGCACCAUGCCUGCCACCAAUGUCUCUAUCUUCAUCAAUAACACUCAGCUGUCAGAUACAGGCACCUACCAGUGCCUGGUCAACAACCUUCCAGACAGAGGGGGCAGGAACAUUGGGGUCACUGGCCUCACAGUGUUAGUUCCCCCUUCUGCCCCACACUGCCAAAUCCAAGGGUCCCAGGAUAUCGGCAGCGACGUCAUCCUUCUGUGUAGUUCAGAGGAAGGCAUUCCUCGACCGACCUACCUUUGGGAGAAGUUAGACAACACCCUCAAGCUACCUCCAACAGCCACUCAGGAUCAAGUCCAGGGGACAGUCACCAUACGGAACAUCAGUGCCCUGUCUUCAGGCUUGUACCAGUGUGUGGCUUCUAACGCCAUUGGGACCAGCACCUGCCUUCUGGACCUCCAGGUUAUCUCACCCCAGCCCCGACGCACUGGAGUGAUAGCUGGAGCCAUUGGCACGGGUGCAGUCAUUGUCAUUUUUUGCAUUGCACUGAUUUUAGGGGCAUUCUUUUACUGGAGAAGUAAAAACAAAGAGGAGGAGGAAGAAGAAAUUCCUAACGAAAUCAGGGAGGAUGAUCUCCCACCUAAAUGCCCUUCUUCUGCCAAAGCCUUUCACACAGAGAUGUCCUCCUCGGAGAACAACACUUUGACCUCUUCCAAUACCUACAACAGUCGAUACUGGAGCCACGACCUGAAAGUCCCCAGAAAUACAGAGUCGUUCAACAACUUCAGUGACUUGCGCCAGCCUUUCUCCCUCCACUCCGGCAAUGCCAUUAUCCCGUCCAUCUAUGCCAACGGGAGCCAUCUGGUGCCAGGUCCACAUAAGACUCUGGUAGUGACAGCCAACAGAGGGUCAUCACCCCAGAUGGCCCCCAGGAACAAUGGUUCAGUCAGCAGGAAGCCUCGGCCGCAGCAUGCGCCCUCCUGUGCCGUUAGCCAAGCGACCCUGGAGCGCAUCGGAGCAGUGCCUGUCAUGGUGCCCGCCCAGAGUCGGGCAGGAUCCCUGGUAUAGGACCUUUGGGGCUGCUAUGUUCAGGAGAGAAUAAAUGGAAAUGCUUCCAAGCAAAGGGGAGAGUGGGGUGGGCAAGUGCUGGGCAGGUGCCCUUUCCCUGUGGUUAUAUUAACUAGUAAAAAGCACAAAGAAGGUGGUGCUGUUACCUGACCACUGCGAUCCACAUGUGGCGUGGACUUGGGGGGGUGGGGGCCUCUGUCAUGAAGAAUGUUCCCUCACCAUGGUGGUUCUGGGAUUCAGGUAAAAAUGCUGCAUCUCAAAGAUGUGCCAAGCCAAGGAGAAAGAUACAAGAGCAGACUAGCGCUUACAACCCUGACUGUGGUCCACAUGGGCCUGCUCUUUAAUUCUUGCCUAACUUAAUAAUUUUUAAGAGACUAAAGUGCCAGGUGGAGUUCAAAGAAUGAAUCAGAAAGCCUAUGAUGUGUGCGGCCUGCCCCAGUCCUUCUGAUGCCGAGGGGCUUCGGGCUGCAUUAUCUCCAUGUCGGUUCCAGCCGGGGCUGGACCUUUCUCACAGAAUCAAAACUUUUUACACAACAAAACUCAGUGAGAAAUGCUGUGUGUGGUGGGAGGUGGGGGGAUCAAAGGAAACUUCAUGGGGAACCCCUCCAUAUUUAUUUAUUCUUUCUGAACCAUGGAUCUCAUAUUUGGAAUUUUGCUACAUUGACAGUUUCUUGCUUGUCUGGUUAUUAUGGGAUCUGUUAAAGGUCCAUGGUAAUUACUGUUCAUUAUUUCCUGCAAAAAACUUUUUUUUAAAAAGAAAACAAAACAAAAAAAAAUACUUGAGAGGCAUGGAGCUAGGAAAGCACAUGCCACCUUGCUCAGUGAUUGUAUCUCAGGAGUGCAGGCAGAGCUAGGUGGUGUGGGUGACAAGGGAACAGGAGAAGAGGAAGGGCCUCUGCAGCCCCCCAGAGCAAGGCUGUCCAGGGCUCCCUGGCUAUCACAGAGGUCACUAGUAAUGAGGGCAGUGCCGAAGCCAUUUGCAGUGAGGAAGAUAACUCCUUAUCUGACCAGUGGGGUUAGGAGGUUGUUGCACAAGGGCAUGGAAUAGCUUUGUUGUGUGUGUGGUUUUUUUUCUCCCUUCAAAAUAAUUCUUUUUGCAAAAGAGAUAAGAGUUAAACAAAUGGAGUGUCUCCCAGUGUGCUCUUGGCGAGUCUUCCCUGCACCCGAAAGCUCAGGUCCGCCCUUUCUCCCGAAUGCAUUUUGCACCACUGCAGAGGCUUCGUGACGCGGCUCGGGCCUCUGCGCUGCGCCGGCCACCUGCGAACCGCGCUCUGCUCUCUGAGACGCGCAUCUGGCCGCACUUGUAUCGGUGACUAUCUCGCGCCUUAAUCACACUAGCAGCAACCCAUGGUGAUUUUUUUUUUCCUCUCUCAGAUUUGUUUCCUCAGUUACUUACGAUACUGACUCUUUCCUGAGCGUCUUUUUCUUCCUUAGUCUCUCUUCACCACGCUGCUUGCCUUCUUCCUGCAAGCAGUCUUCCCAGGGAACGGCCUCCCCACUUUCUUCAGUUCUGGAACAAAUGGAAACCAUCUGCUGCUGCACACGCUGUCCUUCCAAGGGGGCCACACUCAAGAACUUCACUGCUGUGGCCAUUUUGAUGUUGGGGGAAAGCUGGAUUUACCUUAGUAUUACUUAUUUUGUUCCAUUUGAUGGUUCUUGACUUUGUAAAAAUUUAAAUAAAUGAAUGUCUAUACUUUUUUAUAAAGUGAAAAAUACCAUGUCACAGAGAAAAUACUACCAGAUGCUGUUUAGAAAACACUUAUCUUGCACUUCUUUAUUCUUUCUAAUUAUCUAAAAUUCAAUAAAAGUUUAUUCAUAUAAA